GCCAUCAUUACCAUUUCCCAUGAAAGGAACAGCUCAGAUGGCCCCGCGUGUCGCCACGUCUCGCCACGUCAGCACUAUCCCCUUUCUUAAUAUGAACCCCACCGCACCGAAGUCCGUUCUCAAGAGAAAAAAAACCGGCAAACGCUAGCAAACGGUUUGCACCCGCACGCUGUAUCAAAAAGUGAGAGAACUCAGCUAAAAUGCCCAUUUCACAGCCACUGUCUUCUCCAGUUGAUCGCAGGCUAAGCGCUCUUGUUCGACACCUCGAAGGAUCACCAAUCGCCGACAUGGACCACCAGAACCACCCGAUCGCCGCCGCUCCAACGUCGGGCUCCGCCGGAGCUCGGAUCUCUGUGUUUGAGCAUGUUGCUCGGGCGCCCGAAGAUCCCAUACUCGGCGUAACUCGCUCUCUCUCUCUCACUGUGUGUGUUUUGUGUUUGUACUUUGUAGAGUUUCUUCUAGCUGUCGUAAGGAUUAAGGAUUAUGAAGUACAAUUAUGAGAACGAGCUGAGAUUAGAAGGUGGAUAUGGAUUUUGCUCAUAGAUUAAUUCGAUUGUCUUUUUUUUUAUUAAUUCUUUUCGUUAUCCGAAGUAAUCGAAGGUUAACCUGAAUUGCCUUUGAUUCUGAGUGCAGUUGGUUCUGUUUUGUGGCGUGUGGACUGGUAGUUUGUAGAUAGUGUAACAUUGAUCCUGCUUUACGAAGUUUCUGAUUGAUUUUUUGAUCGGUGAAAAUUGUUUGAUGUAAAUGUGUUAGGUCGGUUUAGAGUGGUAUGUAUUCGAUUUCUUUUAUUAUUUUCAGCUCACUCUUGGAAUUACAAUAGUCUAAGAUAGAAAGCUCCUUCAAGCUACUGAGAAAGUUGGUCACGAUUCUGUAUUAAUGAGUAUCAUUUGUUUAACUUAAUUUGUAGGUGCGUGCAAAUGGAAAACAUAUGAAUAGACUCAAGAGAUUAUCCAAAGGCUUUUGUGAUUAUGUUUUACGAACAUUUCUCUGUCGUUAAUAUGCAGACAUGAACGAUUCUUACCUUUUUAAUGAAAUUGUUCUUUGAUAAAAUUUUCAUGCUCAGAUGAUUACCAGCUGUAUAUUCUGUUUGUAUGACACCUUGUCUUUUUUGAAUCUGUGAAAUGAAUUUGGAUCUUAUAUAUGAUUUAUCCUUCUGUGCUUCUUCUCCCUCUAUAUGAAAUUAAGGUUUGCUUUUUUAGUAGUUCAAUAAAUAAAUGAGAUUUGACUAAGCUUUUGAAGAUUAGGUUACGGUUGCGUAUAACAAAGACCAAAGCCCAGUGAAGUUGAAUUUGGGAGUUGGUGCUUACCGAACGGAGGAAGGAAAGCCUCUCGUUUUGAAUGUUGUGAGAAAAGCAGAGCAGAUGCUAGUGAAUGACAGCUCUCGUGUGAAGGAGUAUCUUCCAAUUGUUGGACUCGCAGAUUUCAAUAAAUUGAGUGCAAAGCUCAUACUUGGUGCUGACAGUUUAACAGUUAUGUGCUUUAACCUUGGUGGAGAAGAGAAACCAAACAUACCCUCUUCUUUUGAUUUGAUUUACAUGAUAUUCUUUCUUUUCUUGCAUGAAAAUAGCCCUGCUAUCCAAGAAAACAGGGUGACAACUGUUCAGUGUUUGUCGGGUACAGGCUCUUUAAGAGUUGGUGGUGAGUUUUUGGCUCGUCACUAUCACCAACAUAUCAUCUACAUCCCGCUGCCAACAUGGGGAAACCACCUAAAAGUCUUUGGUUUGGCAGGAUUGAAAGUAAAGACUUACCGCUAUUACAAUCCAGCUACACGCGGACUAGAUUUUGAAGGUUUGUUGGAGGACCUUGGAUCUGCUCCUGAAGGAGCAGUUGUGCUUCUUCAUGCGUGUGCUCAUAACCCAACUGGUGUUGACCCAACCCCUCAACAGUGGGAGCGGAUAAGGCAGCUUAUGAGAGCAAAGGCAUUGUUACCCUUUUUUGACAGCGCUUAUCAGGGUUUUGCUAGUGGAAGCCUGGAUGCAGAUGCACAGUCAGUUCGGAUGUUCGUUAAUGAUGGAGGUGAAUGCUUUGUAGCUCAAAGUUAUGCUAAAAAUUUGGGGCUUUAUGGUGAGCGAGUUGGCGCUCUGAGCAUUGUUUGCCGGACUGCUGAUGUGGCGAGUAGGGUGGAGAGUCAGCUGAAAUUAGUUAUCCGCCCCAUGUAUUCAAACCCUCCAAUUCACGGGGCAUCAAUUGUAGCUACUAUCCUCAAGGACAGGCGUAUAAGCAUGGCUGGUCUGAGUUCAAGGACAGUGCCACACCUUGCGGAUGCUAUUCAUGCUGCAGUCACAAAAUUUGCCUGA